GGACUCUGAACGUGCAGUGGGUACCUGUCUGAGGCAGGAAUGGAAAUGGAUCUUUUCAUUCGUACCUAACUGAGAAAGGGGAGCUGCUGUGGCGAAAAAUGAUCCCCAUUCCCGUCGUGGUUUGUGUCGUGGGCGGAUGGUGCGCGGUGUACCUCACGGACACGCUGCUCAAGUCCUCCAGCAGUGUGAGGAACGGCUAUGAGAGCUGGCUGUCCUCCAACGGGCUGGCCCUGUCCCCCUUCCACAUCCGCUGGCAGACCAGUCUCUUCAACCGCCUGUUCGCCAAGUGUGCCCGUCUCAACCCACACUUCCUCCUCCUGUGGUUCAGUGCGGGCAUGGUGUUUGGAGUGCUGGCCAUGUUCGGCUCAGUAGUUCUGCUGACGCGCACCCUGCUACAGACUCUGGCCCAGAUGAUGUCCGAGACUCCAGAGGGGUCCAACGAUCAGGUGCUCCAGGUGGUGGUGCCGGGUGUGAAUCUUCCCAUCAGUCAGCUGGCCUACUUCUUCAUCGCCAUCCUCAUCAGCGGUGUCAUUCACGAGUUCGGCCACGGGGUGGCAGCACUGAGGGAGCAGGUGAGACUCAACGGUUUCGGGAUGUUUGUGUUCGUCAUCUACCCCGGGGCGUUUGUGGACCUGUUCACCACCCACCUGCACCUCAUCUCCCCUGUCCAGCAGCUGCGCAUAUUCUGUGCAGGUGUGUGGCAUAACUUCAUGCUGUGUGUGGUGGCCCUGCUCGCCCUCCUCCUGCUCCCUCUCUUCCUGUUCCCCCUCUACUCCACCGGGACGGGGGCCCUCGUCACAGAGGUGGUGGAGGGCUCACCCGCCAGUGGGCCGCGGGGGCUGUUUGUGGGCGAACUGGUGACCCAGCUGGAGGACUGCCCGGUGAGGGGGGUGGAGGACUGGCACUCCUGCCUGCGCCAGCUGUCCCACUCCCCCCAGACGGGGUACUGCGUCCCCAGCACCAGCCUGCAGCUCAGCUGGCCUGGGGGCAGAGUGUAUAAGCGUCUGGAUGGCUCGAUGGAGUGUUGCAGUAACAGCAGCCUCACAGAUCUCUGCUUUUCCUACAGCAGCAACCUGGAGAGUAGGCUGUUCGCCUGCCUCCCGGCCCGGAAGACCAUACAGGCCAGCCGGACCUGCCGGUCCAACGCAGACUGCCAGACAGACCUCACGGCCAGCCUGUGCGUGCUGCCGUCCCUGGAGAACCAGACGCGCCUGAUCCGGGUCCGACACCCGCCCCAGUCAGACAUGCUGUUUGUGGGAUACCCCGUGCAUCUGCAGCUGGCAGUGAGUCUCACAGACUUUGUUCCACGAUUUGGAUUCCUCCACUUCGACCUGCCUGUGGUGCUGGAGACCUUCUGCAAGUACCUGGUGUCGCUGUCGGGCGCGCUGGCGGUGGUGAACGCGGUACCCUGCUUUGCGCUGGACGGCCAGUGGAUGCUCACCUCCUUCCUGGAGGCCACGCUCAGCUCGCUGGUGACGGAGAAGAGCAGCCGUGAGCUGCUGGGCUUCUUCAUCCUGCUGGGGGGCAGCACUCUGCUGGCCGCCAACGUGGCCCUGGGGCUGUGGAUGGUCACUGCCCGGUAGCAGCG